AUGAGGGAGUACUUUUUAUAUUUUUUAACAGAAAGUUUAUUCAAGUACCAAUUAUUCAUCUCCGCCUCGUCGAAACCGCGAACAACCCUGCAUUCUGUUGCACUUCUGCCCUGCGGCACCACCGCCGUGAAGCCAUCCAAUCACGAAGUCGCUAUUUGACCCUCUGCAACCGGAAAGAAUAGAUUCAAGAUUAACUCCACUAUCUCCAAACCCUAAUCCUCUUCUCCACCGCUACCCAUCGCUAGUUUCCCUUCGUUUCUGCACCAACACUUCCGAUUCAACCUCAUUUGCCGCCUCCUACCUCACCCACACCUUCGGUUUCUCCCCACAAUUUGCUUCCAAACUCUGCACCUCCCACCGUCUUCGAUUCAAAACCUCCCAAAAACCUGACUCUGUUCUCAACCUCUUCAAAAACCACGGUUUCUCAGACUCUCAACUUCACAGCAUGAUUGCCAAGGUACCUGGCCUACUUUCCUGCAACCCCUCCAAAAGGAUCUUACCGAAGUUCCAAUUUUUACUCUCCAAAGGUGCUUCUAACUCCGACAUUGUUAAUCUUGUCAGUAAGAACCCUAAAGUCUUGUCUCCUAGCUUGAAGAAUCAUAUAGUCCCAACCUAUGAAUUGAUUUAUAGAUUCUUGCAAUCAGACAAGGACGUUAUUGCUUCUGCAAUUCGGAAUCCAGAUUUACUCUCUGAACAAUUUGUACGGCGUAACAUGGCAAUGCUGAUUGAGAAUGGAGUGUCGGACUCUAACAUUGCUAGAAUGCUUCAGAUUCGGGGUCAGAUAUUCAGGACGCGCGACAUGCUCAAGUUUGUGGAGGAAGUGAAGAAUUUGGGGUUUAAUUCUUCGAAAACAAUCUUCUCAAUAGCAUUGGUGGCAAAAAUAUCGGUAAGCAAAAACUUGUGGGAGGAAAAAGUUGAGGUGUUUAAGAAGUGGGGUUGGUCGGAUGAAGAUGCUCUUGAAGCAUUUAGAAAGAAACCUUAUUGUAUGUUAGCAUCUGUUGAUAAAAUAAAUGUAGUGAUGAGCUUUUGUGUGAAUCAGUUGGGUUGGGAUGCUAUGGUCAUUGCGAAAACACCAUAUAUUUUAUCGUUAAGUUUGGAAAAAAGGAUCAUUCCGAGGGCCGCUGUUGUGCAAUUUCUUCUCGAUAAAGGUUUGAGAAAUAAGAGUGCAAGCUUAACUUGUCCAUUUGUAGUGUCUGAGAAGAUGUUUCUGUAUAUGUUUAUAAAACGUUUUAGGAAAGAGUCUUCUUAUCUAUUAAAGUUGUAUGAGGAAAAACUCAAUCCUGCGCACACUAGGGAUGAUAAGACAUGCAUGGUGUAAUCAGAUUUUCAGGUCUUGGUCUUUUUAUGUUAUUUAAUUUGUAAUUUGUUUGGUACAGAAUGUGAAUGUAGUCUCACAAAUUGUUGGUUUUAUUUUGAUGGAUAUUUCCAAGAAAUCUUAUUGAUACCCGAAUAUGUUGUUGGAUUUGAAAUGGUUUUAAGUCUGUAACCAUAAUGGUAGCUGUGCACUUGUGAAGACCAGCCAUGCAUCAAUCAAUAUCAAAGUUGCACUUGUGGUUUUGGAUUUGUGGAGCACAGUUCUAUAAUAUACUUAGUAGUUAUCAUUGUGCUACAUCUAAGAAGGUCUUACAAUUAUACCUGAAUAGGUUGCUUGUAAAUACCCAAACUGUAAUUGUGGUUGCGGUCAUGGGCGGUUCUAAGGCCCGGCUAGGCUGGGCAGUUGCCCAGAUUCUGGCCCAAAUUUCUAUGGUAAAAAAAGCCUCACAUUUUUCAUCUGCUCGCUUUCAACAUAGAAACCCUCACAUUUUUUACCUUCUACGGCUGCCGCGAGACCCGACGAGAAAGCUCUUUCUCUUUGAAUUCAUCCCCUUCCUCUUUCACUGCAGUAAAGUCCUUUAACCUCUAUACUUUAGUCUUAUGUUUUCUUUUUUCACAUUCUUCAGUUUCUUUACAAAGUUUUUUCUCCUAUAAAAGAAAUGAACUUGGAUGGUUGGAAAAAGAAUCGUGGUACCCAAAACCCUACGGUCGCAAUGGUUAUCUUCAGUUUCAUGUAUAAGUCUUCUUCUCCUUUAAUUUUUUGUUUAUGCUAAAAGAUUUGAAACCCCCUAAUUUUUAUUAAACUCCUAAUUUUUCGCUUAUUUCAAAUCUGAUUUUGGCUUUUGUUAGGGUUAUUUUUGAAAACCCCCAAAGUAACUUGAACAACGAAAAGAUGAUUUUAAAUUAUGAUUUUAGCUAAUGUCCCAUAUAUAUAUAUACUAUACUACUUAAAUGAAAAAAUCGAAAAUUUAUUUAUAAUUAUGCAACGCAAGUGUUGAAUGAUUUGGUUUUAUUAGUGGUGAUGUUUAGUUCAUAUGAUAAUUCUUCAU